AUGUCUCUCGCUUACCUCGUCGCUUUCGUUUCCGUAACAGUAUGCGCGUCGACGCCGACGGUAAACAAUCUCGUAAACACAGAAGUGAUAGAAUAUCUGCAGAGAUACGGUUUCCUGAACGAGGUAGAUGUUACUACUCACACGUCGAUCGAGGAUGAAAAAAUUAAAGAGGCUAUCGCAUUAUUUCAAGAAUACUAUCAAAUACCGGGUAACGGUGUAAUGAACGAUAAUACGUUAGAUCAAAUACGAAAACCUCGAUGUGGACUUCCAGAUAUGCCACUCCAGGAACAAAAUACGGAUACAGUGAAAUGGAAAAAAACCCAUCUUACGUGGAACUUUCACUUAGCGGAUGCGAAAACAUUGACACUCGCGAAAUACGCAUUCUCGAUAUGGACGGCGAACACGUCUCUAACAUUCGAACGUCAAACGUUAAAUCCAGACAUUUUGAUAUCAUACCGCGGAGGCAUUCACACAUACGUCGACAGCAGACGCAAGCAAGCGAUCUGUUCCGGUUUUUUUGACGGACCCGGUGGAGUACUUGCACACGCGUUUGCACCUACGAACGACCCCGUGCAAAACACUGAGAUACACUUAGACGUAUCGGAACCUUGGCAUAUACAAUUGAACGAAAGUACACCAGAAAACAAGCAGCAUUUACUUUACACAUUAACGCACGAAAUCGGACAUUCAUUGGGAUUAUCACACAAUUCACGCAGAGAUUCUCUAAUGUUUCCUUACGCCACCAAUAAAGCCGUUAAACUCAGUAUCGAGGACAUUUUAGCUAUUCAACGUCUAUAUGGAAAAAAUCCUAUUGAAGUACCAAGUACAAGAUCUCCGCCGGUAACUACAGACACGCGUAAGACAUCAACACAAAAAGAUCUGUGCAAUCUACCAUACGUGGACAAUGUACUAGUGUUAAAUCAACGCAUAUUUGUCACUUAUCAAAAGAGCAUGUGGAUGAUAGCCAUCAAUGGUAAAAGAUACAAGGUACCACUCGCGCUCAACGACUAUCUUCGUUUUCUUCCGGCGAAUGUUUCAAUAAGCGCCGCGUAUCAACGGCCAUCAGGAGAAAUUGUGCUAUUCGCGAAUAAUAACAUUUACAUGAUAGAUUAUCCGAGUUUAAAAUUGAAAAAUGGUUGGCCGAAAACGCAUUCCGACCUGAACUUUCCCGCAGAAAUGCGCGUUAACGCAGCAUUGGUCACCAACAGAGGACAAACGUAUGUGAUCUUCGAUGGCGAGAGCGUAGCGUCGAUGAAUGAAUGCGACAUGACCGUUAAUGAAUAUCACUCGUUAAAAGCGAUAUUUCCGGGAAUACCACCAUCUCCGAUUCUAGCCUUCCGAUAUAUCGACGGUUCUCUUUAUUUCCUACACAAACGUUAA